CCACACAACCCCCCACAAAAGAAGAAGAAGCCAUUUUCUUCUUUUGUUUGCAAAUGUUGUCUGCACAUGAAUAGUGUGACCGAGUCGACUCACUGACUCACCCUUUCUUCCUCCUCUUUCUCACUCUAUUUUGCAUACAUCAUUUCAGUCAACACCAACAAAACCAUUUUUGUUUAAACAAACGUUUUCAGAAAGCAAUGAUCUCAAAAGACAUCAUCCAGUUAAUGAAUUCUCCAACCGUAACUCCAUUCAUGAAAAACACUACUGCUGGUCAAGUGGUAGUGCAACAAGAACCCAUGCAAGCGGUUGGGAAUCCAAAUCUAGGGUUCCCUUCUGCAACUGAAAAGAAAAGGAAGAAGAAGAAGGAGGAGGAGAAGGAUGAGAAGAAGAAAAAGAAGAAGAAGAAGAAGAAGAAGAAGAGUAGGUUUUAUAAGAACCACAACAACAACGACAACAACGUUGUAUUAGAGGAUUUGACCUUGCAUCUUGAAGAUCAACUCAAGGAGUUGUGUGUUCGAUUGAGUAGAAGGAAGAAGGCAAAACAAUCCGAUGAGGAGGAGGAGGAAGAGGGAACCCUUAGGUUGGAGGACUUCCCAUUCUUAAGAAAACGAAAGGGAACAGCUGUGACGGAGAAGCUUUUGGAGAUGUCCUUUAAGAUACCUAUGAACCAAGGGAUCUAUGAAGAAAUGGAGAAGCUGGAGCCAAGGGCUCAAGCGGCAGCCGAGCAACAGAAGCAACGAUGGUUCCCUUUCUCUGAACGGCUUCAAGGAUGGAUCGGGGAGCGUCGGGGACGUAAAACCUAUAUAUCGAUCCCAUAUGACAUGUAUUAUCAUCACAUACAAUCAAAAGGCCACUUUAAAUCCACAGUGGAAGUGAUUAAAUUUGUGAAGAAUAAUGUUUAUCCUGAUCGUCUAGAGAGCAAUAUUUACCCCAAGAAGACCAAAUCAAUUAAAUCAGCUAGCUCCUCCUCUUCAACCCCACCAAAAAGGAGGGGACGAAAGAGCAAAACAAGCCAAAAUGACAAUAUCAAGUCAUCAACAUCAUGUGUCUCUUCUUCCACAGCCAAAUUAGUGGGAAACAAGAGAAGUUUUGAAGAAGCUCAGUUGGAUGCAAUAAUUACCGAAGAAGAGAUGGAAGUUGCAAACAUCGUGGCUAAUGAUUUGAAGGCAGGGAAUAGUAAGACGGAAGAUAGCUAUGUAAUUGAUGUGGAGGAGAAGGAUGAGGAGUAUAAUAACAAGUUGGAGGAAACUAUCAACAACGCUACUGCACCACAUCCCAUCGAAGUAGAAGAAGAGCCAAAAUCACUUGGAGUUGGCGUCGAAAAUGGUGCUAAAUCAUCGGUAGCAUCCACGAGCUUCACUGCUACUUUCGAAGAUAUGGGUUGGUGUGAUAAUGAGGUGUUUGAGCUUGAAGGUGGCAGAAGCAGUUCCAUUGCCCCAGUGGAAGCCAUUGUGCCUAUGGGAGAAGGCAUAAAAACUUGGGGAGACGAUAAUGAUGGUUAUAAUGAGUAUUAUUAUCACGAUUAUGAUCAUUAUCAUAAUUAUGUUGCUCCAAUGGUGGAAGAAGCUCUUGUUAUUGAACAAUCUCUUGCGAUCCUUAGUGAUGUUACAGGAUCAAAGAUGGAAGGAAAUCAUGAUCAAGGUGGUGGAAAUAUGAACUUCGACGAUGGUGUUAUUGUUGCAACAACUACAGGAGGAUCACUAGGUGGGGAGCCUAACCGUAGCCCUAGCCCUAGCCCGAAAUGCAAACGACAUUGCAUGAGAGAGGUUGCGUCCGGUCUACUCGAUGAUGUAGUUCGACAAGGGUUUGGCAUUGGUUCUUCAGCCAAAAGUAGUUGUGGUUAUGAAUUGUUGACAUUGGAAGAGAUCUUCAAGGACUAAGCUUUAAUGUUCGUGGAAAUGUUUUAAACUUUUAGAGCCAACCCCUAAUGAGUGUUAUUGUAACUAGUUUUAAUUCUUGUGAACAAUUUGCUAUGCUUGUUAUGUGAAAUCGUUUAUAAUAUUCCUUAUGGUUCAUUGGUAAAGACAAACAAACACAUGAACAUUAGUUACCAUAAUUAAACAAAUGAAAAGAGCUUAAACGU